GUGUGUUUAUUUACGAUGCGGCGACACACGGCUCUCAACUCGUGAGAUACAGCAAUCACCCCUUUAUUCUGGGAGGAUUGACAGUGUUUUCUAUGAAAACGAACCCGGUUAGUGUUGCCUUUGAGUGUGAUACCGCUGGCUGCCUUGUUUUUGGCUGUGAGCGCUCAACCUUCGCAUGCUAGUAGUAGCUAAGUGGCUAGCUAACUAGGAUCACAACCUUGCCCUGUCCGUCACCACAGCCACGAGAAUUUGUACUGUCUGCUGAUGGUGACUGCUUUUCAGUAGGGUCAUUGUCUUCGUUUAUCUAAUGUCUGUUAGGCAAUGCCUUCCAUUCCUUAGUAUGCGGUUCAUGUAACGCUAACUGUCCCUGUAGCGUUAGUCCUUCCCUGAGUGGUUCAGACAAGACAUGACCACCUUCUGACAGUGGCAUUAGGCUGGCAGCGACAUGGACUUAGCAAAGCUGGGUCGAUAAGUCGACGAAGAGCUACAGCUGUCGUCCUAAGCGGGCUACAACCAAGAGGGUCAUCUUCACAAUUUCCUCCCACACCUUGGAGUAGCUCUCAUCAUCCCUGAGCUAUCAGGAUGUUGGAGGGCCUUGUUGCCUGGGUGCUAAACACAUACCUGGGCAAAUACGUCACCAACCUAAACACAGAUCAGCUGUCCAUUGCCCUUCUGAAAGGUGCAGUGGAGCUGGAGAACCUCCCUCUGAGGAAAGAUGCCCUCCGAGAGUUUGAUUUGCCAUUUGAAGUCAAAGCAGGCUUCAUUGGAAAGAUUACUCUUCAGAUCCCUUUCUACCGGCCUCACAGUGACCCAUGGGUCAUCUCCAUGUCCCAGCUCAACCUGAUCAUCGGCCCCGCCCAGCUGCAGGAGUAUGAUGGAGAGAAGGAGCAAGAGGAGGAGAGAGAGCGCAAAAAACGUCUCCUCAAGGCUCUCGAAGACAAAUUCAAAAGUGAGUGUGAACAGAGAGGAGAGUCUUACUGGUACUCUGUCACUGCCUCGGUGGUCACCAGGAUUGUGGAAAACAUUGAGCUGAAGAUCCAAGAUGUGCAUCUUAGAUUUGAGGAUGACUUCUCCAACCCAGACAAACCCUUUUCCUUUGGGGUUUGCAUCAACAGCGUUUCUGCUCAGAACCCCUCCAAAGAGUCGGUCCAGAAGCUCGUCCGACAAAAGCAGCUUGAGAUCGAAGACUUCUGCGUCUACUGGGACACAGAGUGUGAAAUGCUCGGGAAGCUGCCUGCAAACCAGAUCCAGGAUGCGAUGACCCAGUGUAUGCAGAGCCGUGAGCAUCAGUACAUCUUUGAACCAGUAUGUGCCUCCGUGCUGCUCAGAAGAAACGCCUCCAAGGAGCCUCUGAGGUCCCGAAACACCCCACGGAUUGAAGGCCAGGUUCAGCUGGAGCCCAUGUCCUUACGCCUGUCACAGGUGCAGUACCAGCAGAUCAUGGCGUUCCUUAAAGAGCUAGACCGCCGGGAGAGAGAGAUGCUUUACAGGAAGUGGAGACCCAAAGUCCCCAUUUCUGGGAACUGCCGGCAGUGGUGGAUGUUUGCCAUCCAGGCCAACCUGAGCGAGAUCAGGGAGCUGCGGCGGCGAAGCAGCUGGGACUUUGCCCUGCAGCGAGCGAGAGACGCCCAGACCUACACCAGUCUCUACUUCAGAAGGCUCAAAGCAGUCCCACUGAGUCCUCAGGAAGAGGGCGAGCUGGAGCGAGUGGAAGGGGAGCAGACGUUAGAGGAGCUGCAGGGUCUCCGAGAAGUUGUCCACGACUGGUUUCGAAAGCAGGAAGAGAUCGCAGAGAAUGUGCGAGAGCCCAGCAGCGACCCUCAGCCCUGUUCACCCCCCACCUCCAUCCCUAAGAGUGGCAGCUCAGGGAUGAUCCAGUACCUACAGUCUUGGUUCCCGGGCUGGGGAGGCUGGUACGGAGAUUCUCAGGACCCAGACAGGCCUGAAGAGCUCCUGCCCAGUCCAUCCUCCUGGGAUAUUCUAGCUGAGACAGAAGACUUGUUCGACCCGUUGGAGGACUCUCACACACUGAAUACCUUCACCAGGCGAGACCACUUGUUUGCCCGGCUGGAGUUCUUACUGGAGAAGGGCGGAGUCACGCUCUGCCACCAGGACAGGAGGGGGGACACACUGCACGAGAGUGGGGUCAUCCAGUUGGAAUUCUCAGGUGUGAAGGUGAUUGUGGAGUCCCUCCCUCGCUCAGAGUCCUCUCUGCUCUCGGUUAAGCUGGGUGGUUUGUUCCUGAGAGACCUGACCACUCAGGGCACCAUCUUCCCUGUCCUCGUGUCUCCCAAAAUGGACAAAGUUGUUGUUACCAUCAAUCAGCCAUCUGGCCAGUCCAGCAAUACCUCUGGAUCAGGAUGCAGUGCAGAGUGUUCAUCGCCAUCACCGGUGUUUGAGAUGAUUUAUGAGCGUAACCCUGCAAGGUGUAAGUUUGAGAGGAGACUGGAAGUGAACACUAGUCCGUUGAACAUCAUCUACAACCCACAAGCAAUCAAAAAAGUUACUGAGUUCUUCUAUAAAGGAAGAGUCCACACCUCAGGUUUUGGUUAUCAGUCAGAGCUGGAGGUGAGAGUGGCAGAGGCUGCCAGGAGGCAGUACAACAAGCUGAAGAUGCAGACCAAGGCAGAGAUCCGGCAAACCAUUGAUCAGCUGCUCGUGGGAGAGUUUAUUGAAAACAGUAAGCGUUGGACCAUGAAAUUAGACAUCUGCGCACCCCAGGUGAUUUUUCCUGAUGACUUCCAGUCAGGGGACCCGAUGCUAGUUGUUGUUGAUUUAGGCAGGAUUCUCCUCACAAACUUUCAAGAUGACAAUAAGGCCAGUUCAAAUGCUGCUCAGCCUGAAAAGGAAGACAUGAGUGACGAUGAGUACCAGACACCCCUUGCCACCCCGCCAGAGUCUCCACCGCCUGAACUAGACAUGCCUUUGAAAGCACAACUCAAAAGCCCUGAACUUCCCAGCCUCAGAUCCCCUGAAUGUACUCAGGCCUACAGCAGAAAGCUUUAUGAAAAAUACUCUUUGUCCUUCAAGGACCUUCAGAUAAUGGUUGGUCGCUAUAAGGACAACUGGAAACAUCUUCAAGAGAGUGAGGUGGGCCCCACUCAUGUGGUGGAGAAGUUUAACGUGCUGCUGCAGCUUGAGCAGAGGUUGCGUUAUACAUCAGACCCCCAGCUCCCUGGGGCUGUGCUGUCAGGAACCCUACCAGACCUCAAAGUCCAUAUCAACCUUGAGAAGAUGACGGCCCUCAGGAAUUGUCUGGCUAGACUAAGCAGUCCAGCUGUAAAUGAAGGGGACAAAAGUCAAGAGAGAGGCCCCAAUAUAAGGUCUCCUGACCCUCUUACCCUCCGCCAUGACAAGAUCUUUCAGAGGGAGGACAGCUCCUGGAAACUGCAGGGUUCAGCCAAGAACCUGACUCAGAGUGUGAUGACUUUAGAGCAGCACACACGGGAAGUCCUGGUGGAGUCCCGUCUACUGUUGGCUGAAUUCAACAUUAACUACAUGCAGCUCGGUGUAGAGAGUGAUGGCCGCUACAUAUCUGUUCUCAAGGUGUUUGGCACAAAUGCUCAUUUUGUCAAGCGGCCUUAUGAUGCCGAAGUCUCUCUGACUGUCCAUGGUCUUCUGCUAGUGGACACCCUACAGACCUAUGGCUCAGACUUCGACCUCCUUGUGGCUUCUCAUAAGCAUCUCAGUUUUGACAUACCCACGGGCAGCCUCCGAGAGAGCCAACCUUCUUCCCCUGUAUCGUCUCCUGAUGGCAGGUCUCCGAAACAUCAGGGCCACAAUUCUGAGUCAUCCUCCGGGAUGCCCAUGGAUAGAAUCUCCCCCUUCAGUUCCAUUUUCAAGGACCAGGAGGCCCUAAUUAAGCUUGAAUACCAGUUUGUGAGCUCAGAAUGCCCUUCUAUGAACCUGGACAGCUCUCUUCAGGUGACAAGCAUGCAGGUCAACAAUCUCGACAUCAUUCUCAACCCUGAGACCAUGGUGGAGCUGCUCAAGUUCCUCCAGAAGUCCUUCCCCAAAGAAGAAAGCAGCUGGAUGUCAUCGGGGCAACAACAUACAACACAGCCUAACAGUGAGGAAGAGGAAGGGACCACAUAUGACCAGAACAAAGAGCUGACUGUAGAGAUCCACCGCCUUAACCUGCUUCUCCUUCGAACUGUGUCCACUGGCACUGUCCUGGUUGCUGAGAAGAAAGGGUUGAAGAUUGCCACUGCCAGCAUCACUGGCACCAAGGUCAAUGUGUCCAUGGGCAGUCGGUUGGACAUCAAUGGUUCACUUGGGUCCAUGCAGUUGGUGGACCUGACCCAGGAAGGAGCUCGAAGCCAGUUUGUGGUCAGCAUUGGCAACGCUGAGGACAGCUCCUCAACUCUUGAUGAUCUAACAUUCCUUGCUGACUCAGGAAGUUCUCCCUCAGAAGCUUUAAAUUUUCGCCUCAUGGAGAAAACCCAAGGGGAGUGUUCUUUGCAACUUCAAAUGGCAUCCUUGCACUAUAACCACUCUGCUAAGUUCUUGAAGGAGCUGAGCCUAUCUGCCAAUGAGGUAGAAGACAAUUUCCGCUCCAUGUUGAAAAGUGCUGCCACCAAAGUGUCAACAGUCCUGGUCACCAAGACGGCAGAGUACAGUGGUAUGGUUUCACUAUUUGAGACACCUUCGCGUAGAAGUCGAACUCAGAGCCAGAGCUGGACUUUUGGUCCAUUUGAGGAUGACGAGGAUGUUCCCAUGGAAGAACAGGAAUCCACCUUAGACACGUUCAUGGUGAAGCUCACCCUUAAUAUCAGCAUUGAAUCACCAGUUGUGUCCAUUCCCCGUAAACCUGGACACCCUGAGCUAUUGAUUGGUCAUCUGGGAAGCAUAACAAUCCAGAAUUUUGUUACAGGGCAAGACUCUGAAGGAGAGAGGUUGCAGGUGUUUGUCAAAGAUAUUCGGCUGUAUUCACUCAACAUGAGUCAUUUGAUUUUGAAGAGGCCACCCAAAGGGGAUAGUGCUAGCACCAUGUCACCAUCCCGCAAUGGGAGCAUCGGUCAGGAUGGACCACAGUUCACACGUCAGGACUUCUUUGAAUCCCUCAACCGGGGAAAAGCGUUCCAUAUAUUGAAAGACACCACAAUACAGUUCACCCUUGAGAAAGUUCCUGUUGAAGAGGACAACCAGUUUACCUUCCUCACCACAGAGGAGCCCUGCAGGAGCACAGGGUUACUAAGAAUUGAGGGCAAAUUCGUCAACCCUGUUCAGGUGUUCCUGUGCAAGUCUGUGUAUGAACAAGUCCUCCAGACUCUGGACAAUUUGUUCUUGAUUGAGGAGCAACGUGUCACACCCAGCCAACCUCCCACACCCCCGCCACCAACUCCUUCCUCCACCAGACCUCACCGCUUCCCUGACCCCCAAGGAGGGUUUUUUGCAAGGGACCCUCCCCACAUCAGCUUCUCCCACUCAUCGCUUUCCUCCCCUUUGCCUCUGCAGUCUCACAAACCUGCUCUUCACUCCCCCUCAUUCACUCAGCUAAAAGUCACCUUACAUGUGGCAGAAUUGCAGGUCCAGCUCAGUGCUGACCUUACCCAGGGCUCCCAGGGCCUAGUCAGUCUGCGCUUUCAAGAUCUGGAGGGAGACUUUACCAAAGAUCACCCUAACUUACUGGCAGUCCAGCUGGCUCUGCGCUCGCUGCUAAUGGAGGACCUCCUGGAACAGAACCCAGAGUCUAAGUACAAACAUUUGAUGGUGUCUCGCGGCGCUCCUAAGCCCUCCACCUUCAGUCCAAAGGAGUACCUUUCACAAAGCUGUCCAUCAGCAUCCAAUGCCCUGUACCCAGACAUGCCUCGCUCACUGCCUGCCCAUAUGGAAGAGGCCCAGAAUGUCUUCCAGCUCUACCAGAGGCAUCCCAGCACCCCUUCAGCCAGCACUCGCAAAUCCAAGAGGGACCCGGACUGCCCCAGCACUCCACCUCCCUCUCCUACCCACCGUACACCCUCCAGUCAGCCGCCACCAAACUUUGAUGACUCAUUAGUUCAUAUCAAUGUGCUGCUGGUGGACCAGAACCACCCAGAGUUCAAAACGCGCUAUGGCAGUGUGGGACGAAGCGUGGAUGUUGACUUCAACUGCCUGGAUGUUCUGAUCACGCUGCAGACCUGGGUGGUUAUCCUGGACUUCUUUGGUAUUGGCUCUACAGCUAAUAAUCAUGCAGUGAAGGUCCUCCCUAUGUCACCUCAGCCUGUGCCAGGACACCCUCUGUAUGAGCCAGACACCAGUGAGGAGGACACAACAGAGGCCGUCAACACAAAAGUAGACCUAAAGGUUCAUUCUUUGUCUCUUGUACUGAACAAGAAACUCAAUGAGCUUGCUAGAGCUAGUGUCUCCAAAUUAUCUGCUCACCUAGAAAUGUUGGAUGGUGACCUGGCCUUACAAGGCAGUUUGGGAAGUUUGUCCCUGAGUGACCUGACCCCACAUGGUGAUCUCUACAGAGAGCGCUUCACCACACGAGGAGGAGAGGCCCUGAUUUUCAACAUCCAUAAGUAUGGCCAGCCCGAUCCCUACCUGGAGCGGGAAUGUGAUAUCAAGGUGUCUUUGCAGAUGGCCUCAGUUCAGUAUGUCCACACUCAGCGCUUCCAAGCUGAGGUGGUGGCUUUCAUCCAACACUUCACUCAGCUACAGGAUGUUCUGGGCAGGCAGAGGGCUGCAAUGGAGGGCCAGACUGUGCGGGAUCAUCCUCAGCGGUCGUCCAGGGUUUUACUGGAUAUUGAGGCUGGCGCCCCAGUUAUUCUCAUCCCAGAGAGCUCGCGGUCGCCAAGGGUCAUUGUGGCCAACCUCGGACAGCUGAGGGUGCAAAACUGCUUCCUGCCCGCCGGGGCUCAUGGAACCUUUUCCCUUCGAGACAAGGAGCAUGUCCGGCGUGCAGCGGGAAGCAGUAGUGACCAGGAGAAGCCUAGAACCUCCCCCUCCAGUUCCUUCUCCUCCACAGGUUUCACCCUUGGCAGGCCACAGGCCCCGGGCACAGGGAGGGCCCCUGAAGAGGACAGCCCUUACAGCUUUGUGGACCACGUGUGCCUGUUGGACUGCAUUGCACUGGACCUACAAGAGAUGGAUAUCUUUGCUGCAGAGCGUCUGCCCUGUCAGCCCCAGGACAGCAGUGGUAAACCUCCUGAAACCUCAGACCUCAUCUUUCCUUCAUACUCUGUCCGUCGCACUGGAGACAACCUGCUGAAAGACUGUUGCCGCCUUAAACUUAAAGUGGAACGCAACUUAGACAAGGAGCUGAGCCACGCAGUGCCUGAUAUGUCCAUCCACGGAAGCCUGUCGUCAGUGCACUGCUGUCUGAACCUGGAGCACUACCAGCUGAUCAGAGGGCUGCUGGAGAACAACCUGGGAGAGCCUGUUGAGGAAUUCCUGCGACCCUACAACCUGCAGGACCCCAGCACCUAUACGGUGUUAAGUGGAGAUGUCUACACUAGCUUGUCAUUCCUGGUGGACAUGAUGGAUGUCAGUCUGGAGCUCUUGGACUGCCCCAAACCCACUGAAAACGAACGCUCUUUAGCAAGGUUCGACUUCAUGAAAUCUAAGCUCCUCUUUGAGAGUUUCUCCAAUGGAUCCAAGUCUGUCAACUUGGUGUCCCACUCCCUGCUGGCAUAUGACACUCGGUACUCUGGGCAGAAUAGAAGCACUGGUAGAGCUGACGGGUCAAAGCACAAUGUCUUUGAUUGCAUCCUCCAGCCUUCCAAAACAGGCGCUAACCGGGCGUCACUGCAGCUGGAGCUGCAUUACAGAUCCACACGCGACUCCUCCUGCUUCACGGUGGUCCUCAACAACCUGAGGGUCUUUCUCAUCUUCGACUGGCUCCAGCUGGUGCGAGACUUCCUGCGGAUGCCGGCGGAGAAGACGACAGGCAAUGCUGAGGGUCGUCAGCGAUGGCCCAGUAACACCAGUACUGACUCGAGCACCCCCACCGCCGGCACCACUGGGGCCGUCAUGCCAAAGACAGUCAAGAGUGGCGUGGUCACCAAGAGGUCCACAGUGCCAGUCACCCAGGACCGCUGUCUGGAGGUCAAGAUCAAUGUCACAGGCACGGAAUUUGUGGUUGUGGAGGACACAUCCUGUCUGGACACCAGCGCCAUCAUUCUGAAAGGCACCACUGUCCUCACCUAUAAACCCCGUCUGCUGGACAGACCCUUCUCUGGCAGCCUCGCAGGAAUAGAGGUGUUCUCGUGUCGGCUUGGCAGUGAGCAGGAGACAGCACUGUCCAUCAUUGACCCUGUCAAUGUUCAGGUGGAGCUGUGUGGGAGUCCCACAUACCAAAGCAGCUCAGGCCUGCUGGACGCUUUCAAUGUGGAGGACAUCCCACCACUGCUGGAGAUUCAGUUUCCUGCUCUAGACAUCCGUCUGUCCUACAACGACAUUCAGCUCUUCUUGGCCAUCGCCAAGUCCAUCCCGACUGCCAGCGCUCCGCUGCCACCUGACACCUCCACUGCACCCAGCACUGAGCCUGCUGCUACACCCAAAGAUAGCUUCAGGCAGAAGACUGAGGCUCUCAUCGAGGGUCAGCUGACUCAUUUACAAGACCUUGGCUUCAGGAAAGAGGACUGCAAAAGAGCCCUGAUCCACUGUAAAGGCCAGCUGGACCAGGCAGCCACGUGGCUGCUGGAGAAUGCUGAGAACAUGGCAGGCCAUCCCAGAGCCAGGGCGGAGUCUGGCUCCAGCAGCCACUCUGCUCCUCUGUCCGGGGUUGAGGUGAAGGCUGAGAGUGUCUGCAUCUGUUUUAUCGAUGACUGUCUGGACUGUGACAUACCACUGGCUGAGUUCACCUUCUCUAGGUUCUAUGUGCUGCAACGCAUUGGUUCCACCCAGGAAGGAAACGCCAGUUUCACCUUGUCUGGAGACUACUACAACAGAGAGCUGUCUGGCUGGGAACCCUUCAUCGAGCCCUGGCCCUGCUUCCUGUCCUGGCAGCAGCAGGCCGCAGGCCGUCUCCACCCUCCACGUCUAAAGAUGGGGAUUCGAGCCAAGCAGAGACUGGACAUCAACAUCACCUCUGUCCUGUUGGAACAAUACAACACCACCAAGAGCUCCUGGAUAGCUGACUACUGUAACGAGGAGGAAGAGAGCCCCCAGUCUUCUCCCACCAUGCCCUGGAUGGGCUCCUCAGUCGACCCACCCAGCUUCGGACAAACAGAUGUCAAGCUGUCCAAGCGGAGGCAGCCAUUUGUGCCAUAUGCUCUGCGCAACCACACGGGAUGUACCAUGUGGUUUGCCACUCUGACUACAACCCCCACAAGAGUGGCACUGUCUCACAGUAGCAGUGCAGACUCCAUCUCAGACGUCCACGGUCCAGGAACUGAUGACACCCACAAUGUUAGCCAGUGGAGAGAGGUGCUGCCAGGGGAGGAGAUUCCCUUUGAGUUUGAGGCCCGAGAGAAACUCCGUCACCGACACACUCAUGAGCUUAAGCUGCACCAGCUGCUGGUUCGGGUGUGUGGAUGGGAGCAAGUCAAGCCAGUGUCUGUGGACAAAGUGGGUGUUUUCUUCCGUUAUGCAGCUCCGGACAGAAACAACUCUUCCAACACGGUUGGCAGUCCUAUCAGUAGGACCAACAUCAUCCACCCCCAUGUCUAUUUCUCGGCCCUGCCUCCAGUCAGAGUGGUCUUCUCCAUCACCAUGGAGGGCAGUGCCAGGAAGGUCAUCACUGUGCGCUCUGCCCUCAUGGUGAAGAACCGGCUGGAUGUUCCGAUGGAGGUCAGACUGGACAGCCCCUCCGCUCCAGACAAGCCAGUGGUGUUGCCUCCCAUCCUGCCUGGCCAGGCCUUGGCGGUCCCCCUCCACCUGACAUCCUGGCGACUGCAGGCUCGGCCCAAAGGUCUGGGCUUAUUCUUCUGUAAGGUUCCCAUCCACUGGACCAGCGUGGAGCGGCACGGAGAGAUCAGCAGCAGUAAGAGGGAGUGUCAGUCAGCGGACUUUGAUGACAAUCUCAAGCGCAACUUCAGAUUUUGCGUGGUCAUCAAAAAGGAGAACUACCCGGACCAGCAGCCUGCCAAGAGAGUUUCUGGCAGUUCAAAGCAGAUCUAUCGACAGCCGGGCCACACGGUCUACCUGCUGCCCACCAUGGUGCUGGCCAACCUGCUGCCAUGUGACCUCAACUUCUACAUCAAAGGAACAUCCAUCAAAGGCUCACUGAAGCCGGGGAAAGAGGCCGUACUGCAUGCAGCCGACACCUCGCAGAACAUGGAGCUAGGAGUCCUGCUGGAGAACUUCUCCGUGUGCAAAGAGCUGCUGAUUCCUCCUGGGACUCAGAACUAUGUGGUUCGCAUGCGGCUGUACGACACCAACAAACGUCUGCUGUGCCUCACCAUCCGCAUCAUCCUGCGGGCACAAGGGGCACUGAAGAUCCUGAUUUCUGCCCCCUACUGGCUCAUCAACAAGACUGGUCUGCCGUUAAUUUUCCGCCAGGACAAUGGCAAAGCUGAUGCAGCAGGUCAGUUUGAAGAGCACGAGUUGGCCCGAAGCCUCAGCCCAUUACUGUUCUGCUACACGGACAAGGAGCAGCCUGCUAUGUGUACUAUGCGGAUUGGGAAAGGAAUCCACCCAGAGGGAGUACCAGGCUGGUGCCAGGGCUUCUCCUUGGAUGGUGGGAGUGGAGUCAGGGCAGUGAAGGUUAUACAGCACGGGAACAGGCCCGGCCUCAUCUACAACAUAGGCAUCAGCGUGCGCAAAGGGAAAGGACGCUACAGGGACACACACAUAGUGACCUUUGCCCCGCGCUACUUGCUGGACAACCGCUCGACGCACAAAUUGGCCUUCGCUCAGAGAGAGUUUGCGAGAGGAAAGGGUACGGCCAACCCAGAGGGAUACAUCUCCACCCUGCCAGGCUCUAGCGUUGUCUUCCACUGGCCCCGCAAUGACUACGACCAGCUGCUGUGCGUGCGCCUCAUGGACACCCCCAACUGCACCUGGUCCGGAGGCUUCGAGGUCAACAAACCAAAAUCUUUCCAUGUCAACAUGAGGGACACGCUGGGGAACUGUUUCUUCCUGCGGACGGAGAUCACCCUGAAGGGAGCCACCUACCAGAUCUCCUUCACGGACACUGACCAGCUGCCUCCACCCUUCCGCAUCGACAACAUCUCUGAGGUGCCCAUCCAGUUCUGGCAACAUGGUGUGGCUGACAUCCGGCUGCACACGGAGGUGAAGGCAGGCUCAGAGCUGGACUACGCCUGUGAUGAGCCCAUACUGCCCCCCUACCUCACGCUGACUGUGAAGGGGGCUGGAUCCUCAGAGGUCACGGCUGACAUGAACUUCUUCAGAGAAUACAACAAGCUCUACUACGAGAACUUCAUCUACAUCGCAGCCACCCACACUUUCUCACAGAACGCUGAGAAGAGACCUGUUGGGAAGAAGCGUCUGGUGAGCUGUGCUGAACUAGUUCUGGAUGUGGACACCAAGACUCAGAGGGUCAUCCUGAAAAAGAAGGAGCCGGGGAAGCGCUCUCAGCUGUGGAGGAUGACGGGGACUGGCAUGCUGUGCCACGAAGGCUCGUCUCCGCCGCAGAGCAAACCCGCCCAGCCGCGCCCGCUGGACUCCUCUUUGGUGCUGGACAUUGCUGGGCUUGCAGCCGUUAGCGACAACAGUUUUGAGCCUUUGAUGCUGAGGAGGCCAGACUCACGCCGCAGUACCACCCAGACAUGGUACUUCAGCUCAGGCAUGCUGACCUGUGGCCUUCCACGUCUGGUAGUACAGGUGAAGGGUGGCAUGGCAGGCCUGUAUGAUGGAGCUGAGGUGGUGCUGGGACCAGACUCAGGCCUGCUGGAGCCUGGCCCUGAGCAGCAGUUUAUCAACCAGAAGAUGAGGCCUGGCUCUGGAGUGCUGUCGGUCCAGGUGCUGCCAGACGGACCCACUCGUGUCCUGCAGAUCAGUGACUUCAACCAGAGGAGAAUGAUCCGCAGCUCCCCCAGCUCAGAGCAGGACCGCAGCAAAGAGGACGUGAAGAAGAAAGAGCCUGAGCAGGAGCUGGAGGUCUUGGUGAGCUUGGAUGAAGGUCUGGGCGUGUCUCUGGUCAACAAGGUUCCAGAGGAGCUGGUGUUCACUACGCUGUCCGGGAUCGACGUCCACUUCAUUCGCACCGCUGCCAACGAGGUGUUGGAGCUCAGCAUUCAGAACAUCCAAGUGGACAACCAGCUGCUGGGUACCACCCAGCCUGUGAUGUUGUGCGUCACUCCCGGUUCCAGUGACAGCAGCGUGAACGACAGCGGGCCGGCCCUGCAGGUCAACUCUGUCAAGGUUCCCAGCAACCUCAUGCUCACUGAUCUCUUCAAGCACCUCAUGGUGACGGCCCGACGCUUCACUGUCAUCAUCGAGGAGAAACUGCUGCUCAAGCUGCUCAGCUUCUUCGGAUACGGACAGACAGAAGCUGAGCUGGAGAAGCUGGAUGAAAACCUCCAUGAGAAACCCAGUGAGGACGCAGGGCCUCCCAAACGCUAUUACUUUGAAAACCUGAAGAUCAGCCUCCCUCAGGUCAAACUGAGCGUCUUUACCUCGCACAAGCUGCCUCCUGAUCUCAAGGCUCUGAAAGGCACCCUGGGCUUUCCUCUGGUUCGCUUUGAAGACGCUGUCAUCAACAUGUACCCGUUCACCAGAGUGCACCCCUACGAGACCCAGGAGAUCAUCAUCAAUGACAUCCUCAAGCACUUCAGGGAGGAGCUGAUCAGCCAGGCAGCCCAGAUCCUGGGCUCCGUGGACUUCCUGGGAAAUCCAAUGGGCCUCCUCAAUGACGUCACCGAGGGCGUGUCUGAGCUCAUCAAGUACGGCAACGUGGGCGGUCUCAUACGCAAUGUGACCCACGGUGUGUCCAACUCUGCCGCCAAGUUUGCAGGGACUCUGUCGGACGGGCUGGGGAAGACCAUGGAUAACCGGCACCAGAGCGAGCGGGAGUACAUCAGAUACCACGGAGCCACCAGCGGAGAGCACCUGGUAGCAGGGAUCCAUGGACUGGCUCACGGUAUCAUCGGAGGCAUGACCAGCAUCAUCACCUCCACGGUGGAGGGGGUGAAGACAGAGGGUGGGGUCAGCGGCUUCUUCUCGGGCCUGGGUAAAGGUCUGGUCGGGACGGUUACCAAACCGGUGGCCGGAGCGCUGGACUUUGCCUCAGAGACAGCGCAGACGGUCCGGGACAUGGCCAGUCUCAGUAACCACAGGCUCAGCGUGCAGAGGGUCAGGAAGCCUCGCUGCUGUAAGGGGCCCCAGGGCCUGCUGCCUCGAUACUCCGGCACUCAAGCUGACGGUCAGGAGCAGCUCUUCCGCCUCACGGACAACAUCCACUCUGAGUUCUUCAUCGCUGUGGAGCCCAUCGACAGCUACUGCGUCCUCAUCUCCUCCAAAGUGGUCUACUUUCUGAAGCCGGGGGACUAUGUGGACCGCGAGGCCAUCUUCCUGGAGGUCAAAUACGACGACCUCUACCACUGCCUGGUCUCUAAGGAUCAUGGGAAGGUGUACGUUCAGCUCACCAAGAAGGCUGAGAGCACCAGCAGCGGGGUGGCCAUUCCUGGCCCCUCCCACCAGAAACCCAUGGUCCACGUGAAGAACGAGAGCCUCGCCGUCAAAAUCUCUCAAGAAAUCAACUACGCCAAGAGUCUGUACUACGAGCAGCAGCUCAUGCUGCCCGCCACUGAGAAUGAGGACUACUUACUGCUGGAGUCCUGAUCACGUGACUUUUCUCACAAAGGGUCUGAAAGGAUUUCUAUCUUUUCUUAAAUCCUCUGAAGGUUAUGGCUUUUAUUGAAUUUUUUUUUUUUGUAGGCUCCUGGUUUUUUUUUUUUUAACCUCUAACAAGCUGCAGUAAAGGGAAUCAGUCAGGCAGCCGUGCACAUGGUUUGGUCACUUGACCUGAUGUUUGAUGAAGCACAGACGUGUACAUGAUAUGUAAAAAAAAACCAAAAAAAAAAAAACCACAUAUGCAAGGCAGAGUUAGUUUAUGUGUAUGUGUAGGAAACACCUGUAACAAGCUGGCUCUCUGUG